AUGCAGGGUCAGCAGGAUCUGCUGUCUGCGCCGCGCGAUGGAAAGAAGCUGCACGUCGUUUUUUGCCAUCCAGAUUUGGGAAUAGGAGGAGCGGAGCGGCUGAUAGUGGAUGCAGCAGCGGAGCUAGCGUCAAGAGGCCACAGCGUGCGGGUCUUCACAGCCCAUCAUGAUCCCCACAGAUGCUUCCCGGAGACCAUUGACGGCACCUUCCCUGUGCACGUGCAUGGAAGCUUCCUCCCUCGCCACAUCGCCGGCCGGUUUCACGCAAUCUGCGCCUACCUCAGGUGCCUCUGGGCGGCGCUCUGCAUCGUCAUCUCCGUGUGGCUUCGGUGGAUCCCAGCCGUUGAUGCGAUCAUCACAGAUCAAGUCUCAGCCGUCCAUCCAAUCCUCAGAUUGCUGCCUUCCAAGAUUCUCUUCUACUGUCACUUCCCGGACCUGCUGCUAGCUCAGCGGGGCUCGUGGCUGCGUUCGUUCUACCGAGCGCCCAUAGACUGGGUGGAGCAGGUCACCACUAGCAUGGCAGACACCAUAGUGGUCAACAGUCACUUCACUGCAGCCACAUUCGCCGCCACCUUCCCCUCGCUAGCAUCACACGGCAUCCGCCCCGCUGUGCUCUACCCAGCCGUGGCACUUGAUUCCCCACCAUCUACUGCUGCUAGCAGGGGUGGUUCUGGCAACCUGGGUCCUGCUGUCGAUGAAGCAGAGAAGCUUGGCCUAGAUCUCCACAGUCCUUUCUUCCUGUCCAUCAACCGAUACGAGCGCAAGAAGGAGAUUGCCACUGCCAUCUCUGCUCUGGGUCUUCUCACGCGCUCGUCAGCGGGUACAGUCACUUCCAGCAGCCAAGAUGCCACUGCUGCUGCCUUGACAAAGGGACAGCGCCCACGACUCAUUGUUGCAGGUGGGUGUGAUGCUCGCGUGUGCGAGAACGUGGAGUAUCUCCAAGAGCUGAAGCAACUAGCUGUUAUGGAGGGGGUGGCAUCCGAUGUCCGUUUCCUCACGUCCAUUAGUGACUCGCUCAAGGCUCAGCUGUUGUCCCACUGCACUGCUGUAGUCUACACCCCUCCAAACGAGCAUUUUGGCAUAGUGCCAUUGGAAGCCAUGGCAGCGAGCAAGCCAGUGGUGGCAUGCAACAGUGGAGGCCCCACAGAGAGUGUCCUGGAUGGCACAACAGGCUUCCUCUGUGCUCCAAACCCCUCAUCGUUUGCUGCUGCACUGGCUACAUUGCGGUCUGAUCCUUCUCGGGCAGUUUCCAUGGGUCAAGUUGCCCGACAUCAUGUGGAGGAACAGUUUUCGAGGAAAGUUUUUGGUGACCGGUUGCAAGACAUUCUUUGGAAGAUGUGCUUGUAA